CUGGGGACCAAAAUGCUAAAAACGAGGCGCUUAAUUGUUAUCGUUUGUUAUCGAUUAUUCAGGUCUGACGCCGUUUGUCAUUGAGACAAGCAUGGUGAGCAACAUGUCUGAAGCUACGUAGCGACUAGCAAAGGAUGAAGUUUUGUAAACCGUGUAGUUAGCUCUAUAUAAUUGUUAAAUAUGUUAACGUCUGUGGCAAGGUCGUGCGCGCGAAACGGGAGGAGGCUGAACUUGCUCUUCCUUGAGAAAUCACCCAGAGGCCUGAAUCUAACGGGGGUACAACAUUUGUCACAACACCGGUCAGCCAGGCUCCUCACACCGACUCCCUGGCAGCUGCCAACGGGUCUAACGGUCAGGUCCGUGUCCCUGUCAGCCGCUUUGGAGCGGGAUGCGGAGCCUGUGGGCGUCCCGUCAGCCCCAGAGGACAAGGACAACUUCGGCUCCCUUUCCACCGACAUAUCCUCCAGGAGGUCGUUCAAGAAAAGCAGCCCGUACAUCCAGGAUCUGCGAUACCGAGAGAACGACGACGACGCCUUGGAGGGAGCAGAGGAGUCAGACCAGGUGCAGGCUCGCAGGAGGCCCGGGAGGAGAAACACACCGUACUGGUACUUCUUACAGUGCAAGAAGCUGAUCAAAGACAACAAGCUGCAGGAAGCUCUGGAUCUGUUCAGCAGAGACAUGCUGCAGGUGGAGAGGCUGCAGGCGCAGGAGUACAACUACACUGUCCUGAUAGGAGGCUGUGGCCGAGCUGGACAAAUGAAAAAAGCCUUCAAACUCUACAAUGAUAUGAAGAAGCGAGGUCUCGACGCUGUAGAUGCGACGUACACUGCACUGUUCAACGCCUGCGCUGAGUCACCGUCGAAACAGGCCGGUCUCCAGCAAGCGCUGAAGUUGGAGCAAGAGCUCCGUCGCAAAAACUACCCCCUCAGCACCAUCACGUACCACGCUCUUCUCAAGGCGCACGCCGUCACCAACCACCUUCAGGCCUGCAUUCACACACUCAGGGAGAUGCUGCAGAAUGGACAUGUUGUAACUCAGGAGACGUUUCACUACCUGCUGAUGGGCUGCUUAAAGGACAAAGACCUGGGAUUCAGACUGGCUUUACAGGUUUGGCGCCAGAUGCUGAAGUCAGGGAUUCGUCCAGACUCCAAGAACUAUAACCUGCUCUUGAGAACUGCAAGGGAUUGUGGGAUUGGUGAUCCUGCCCUGGCCACUGGUGUUCUGCUUAGUCCUGAGUGGGAGAGCCAGGAAGAGACAGAACAUGCAUCAAAUGUCAAGUCAGAGUCUGGAUGCAAGGAUGUAAUAGACAUUGACCUUCUGGAGAGGCAGUUGUUUAUUGAGCCUGAUUCACACAGAGACAGUGAGGAGUCCCUUAGCAGGCAAGAAUCAACCCACCUGAUACCAGUCAGACAAAAUGAAAGCACCUCGCUGCCUGUUGACUUAGUUAAUGUCACAGCUCCUAAUCUGUUGGACAUUUUUGAAGGGAGGAGGGGCGCUGUGGUCUCCCUCGGAGGUGUGAAUGGGGCAUAUGAUAGGCUUGCCCUGAUCGGAGGAGCUAAAGGUUUUCUGGAGAAGAUGGCAGCUAACAAACUCAGUCCAGACCUCAGAACUCUGACCCUGUUGGCCGAUGUAAUGGAGCCGGGUUACCAGUCUCUGCAGAUGCUGCUGAGAGUCGCCAAGCAGCAUCACGUGAAGCUCGACGUCGCGUUCUUUAACUCUGUGAUUCGCAGAGCGGCCAGAGCUCGUGACCUGGAGGCGGCAAAGGGUGUGUUGAGUGUAAUGCGACAGCGCAACGUAAGCGUCGAUGUGCAGACAUUUGGAAGCCUCGCGUUAGGCUGUGAGCGACAGAAGGAUGGUCUGCAGCUCCUGAAGGACAUGGAGGAGGCAGGACUUAGGCCUAAUGUCCAUGUAUUCUCUGCUUUAAUCGGCCGAGCAGUUCAGAGACUGGAUUACGCCUACCUAAAAACACUCCUCAAAAGUAUGAGCGACAUGGAGGUGUGGCCCAAUGAGGUUAUCAUCAGACAGCUGGAGUUUGCUGCACAGUAUCCUCCCAACUACAACCAGUACAAGACAAGAAACAACUACCUGGUCCAGAUCGAUGGUUUUCGUGGUUACUACCAGCAGUGGCUGAGAGCCAUGCCUGCGCAGGGUGCUGAGGACGAACAGGCAGAAGUGCAAACCGAACGAAAUGCUGCAGCGCUGGAAACAGAAGCUGCAGAUGGACUGUCGCAGGCUCAGAGGAACCAGAGAGCAGCAGUGAGGAGAUAUUACUCUCGUAACAAAGGAAAGACGAGCAGCACUGCUCUGUUACAGAAAUCCUGAAAACAUAUCUGAAGUCUCUCCUUGCUUGUCUGUUUGCAUUCAUCUGUGUAAAACUGAAUGGACUUUGUCAGAGAAGAGGACCCCAUGUACCUUCUAUCAGUUAACUUUGUGCAAUUUCAUUUUACACAACAGAUCAAUGAUGUUGUCAUUUAUGCUGCAAAAUAAAAAUAAAUAACUUCCAAGUUUCAA